CUGGAGCCUCCUCGAUCUCAGCCAAUCUCUCACACGAGCCAAGGUGUGAAAACGGGUGUAGGUCACAAUCAGCAGAGGUUUCGGUAGAUCCCACUGUGAAACCCAGCCCCACGCUAUGCUGUGAGAUGUUCGACCUGGGCUUCAGGCACUUUGUGGGAGUGGACGGCAGUGAGGGCAUGUUGGAGAAAGCUGAAAAGACCGGCCUCUAUCAGGAUCUCAAACUGGUCUUACUGGGUCCACAGCCGCUACCUGUACAGACUGAUGUGUUUGAUGUGGUGACCAUUGUUGGCGCUCUGGACGCUGGUUUUGUUCCAGUCAGUGCUGUCAGGGAGCUGUGCCGGGCCGCCAAACCAGGAGGCUUUGUCUGUUUGAUGAGAGGGAACCACAGGGGAGCACCGGCAGCGAGUUACAAGAAGGACCUGGAGACAGAGCUGCAACAGAUGGAGGAGGAGGGACUGUGGAGUCGGGUAGCAAUCCAGGAGGUGGACAGAUACAUGGAAGACCCGCAUCUGAAUAUUGAGAGAGACGGGAAGACCGAGCAGCAGGUCUCGUACAUCAGUGGGAAUGUUUAUUUCUACAAGAAAUCGGUCAGUCCAUAGGGGUAUGUGGCGCAGCUGAGUGGGAGGGGUGGAGCUCAGUGGGUUCAGGGUGUGCUGCCAGGGGAGGCUGACCCACACAAUGCAGCUGUUCUCAACCACCUGUAGGAUGCUGAGUCCUGAUGGGAGAGCUGUGUGGUGUGUGGAUCUGAAGGAGGCAGGUGGCUCUCACAUCAUCUGCAGUUCUGCUGGUCAGUGACAUCAUCAGGGGACGACUUCAAACCUGCCAAUAUGUUUUUUUAAAAUUCACUUUUUUUCAUCUUAGACUUUUUGUCAUUUUGAUUUUGGAGUCAGAUUACCUGCUGUUUUAAACAAUGUCAGUCUAAAUAUGAGACCAGCAAUAACCUGAGAAUCAGGUUAGAUGAUCAGCACAGUUACAGCACGUGUCACAUGUUGUAUUGGUUAAAUAAACAUUUGCUCUGCGUCUCAUUCCA